CAUUAAAUGCUUUAGCAACUUAAAAAGUCAAUAUUAAAUUAUCACCUUAAUGUUAUGUCACCCAUAUAAAUUAAACCUUUAUCAUGACCUGUGUGUAAACUGAGGUUAACUUCUAAAUAUAGAUUUCUGGAAAAUCCAAAAUUCAAACAUCAAGAUGGAGAAUUCAAGCAGACAACAUGAGGUUUAUGAAAACUUUGACACGCAAAUGAUAAGGAAUCAAAUCCAAUUGUUUGACGAGAUAUCCAUUCUGUCUCAGCGCAUGGAAAGCUUUGAGAGUCAAUUAGAAACUUUAAUCAAUGGACAACAUUCCAUAAUUGGAACAAUUAACAGGGCAAUGAAGAAAAACAAAAGACAAGCAGCACGUAAACCACAGGAAAUGAAAUUCAUCAAACAAAAAGGUAAGCCUCUAUCACCAAGUGAUGUGUCAAAACUAGUGCAUCUUCCAGAGGCUUUACAAAGAAAUAUCAGCAAGUUUACACAAAACAUCUUGUUUACAUCAUCAUAUAUUCAAGAUGACCUUGUAUCUAACAACUGUCUCAGCGAAGACGAGUGUACAGACAUCACUUCUAAAGCAAACCCAAAAGAUCAAGUUCGUCUCCUUAUACGAAAGAUAAAGUCACGUGGACCCGCAAGUAUUGAAAAAUUUCUUAAAGUUGUUGAGAAAGACAAGCCAGAGCUUGUUAUUGAAGUUAAUCAAACUCUUGAGGAAAUUGUCAGUGAAUACAAAGACAAACCAGUAUGUGCCAUAUGUGUAAUGCAAAACACAGUUGAUCUUAGAGACAUUGCUGAUACUCUCUGGCAAGAAAAGAUUAUAUCUGAUGAUAUAUUUGAAGAUAUAAUUGUGAGUAAUAGCUUGCAUCAAAGUCGACCUCUUAUCUGGAGCAGCAUCAUGGCCUCUUUAAAUGAUUUCACAGACCAUAGCAAAGCCAAAGCAAUUCUUAUUGAUGCCCUUGAGCCAAAAUAUGAUCAUAUAGUUGGUUAUAUAAAUCAAAAUCCGGACAGACCAUCAUUGAAUUGCCAGUGUUGCACUAAAUGUCGCAGGCUACGACCUAGGCCUCUUGUUUCUGAGUUUGGCAGCCAAACAAAUGUGAGCCUAUCUUCAUCAAGACUUCCAAAGUUUCUUGAUGAGGACGGCAAUUCUGAAGGUGUAUCAUCUACUCAAGACCUACCAAGCAGUGACUUGCUUUCAUAUGAUAUGCCAGAGAAAUUUGAGAACAUUUCUAACAAUCCUUUAGAUAUUCAGAGUGAUGCUGUUGACAGUACUUUAACAACAUGUCAUGCUUGUGGUGCUGUAACUGUAAAUAAGAGUCAUCAUGAAUCAUUUUCACAGCAUGUACCUGAAGCUAAUGAUAAUGCUGAGUGUUCAAAUCAGCAAAGAGAAGCUAAGGUAAAACAAGAGCUUAAACACAGCAUCAGUACAAUAAGUAAUACAUCUACAGUCGUUGCUAACAUAUCCAGUAGUUGUCCUGACACUGCAGGUAUACAGUCAAGUAAUGCAUUAAAAAAUAUGUUUCAGUCAGAGGUGAAGAAUGAUGUAAAUAUAUCAAAUUCAUACAGCACGUCAAACAUUGAAAACACACCGCUACCAAAUGGAAUAAAAGAUAAUCAAACUGAAAGUCAAUUUCAAAGUGCUGUCAGCAAUUUGCCAAUAGAUCAGGCCGACAAGGUUAAGACAAUUAAAGAUGAAGACGUGAAAACACUGACAGAUACUGCAGAUAAGACUUUUUUAAUGAAACUUAAGUUACCCCUGAAGCAUGGACAGGAAACAGCGGUUCACAAGGAAAUGCUAGAUACUAAUGAUCAAACAUAUGAGGUAGAAGAAAAAGGAAAUCAAGCAGAACAUGUUGAAAUAAUUGCUGAUGACAAAGAUGCCAGUACAACAAUUGAAACUGACUUAGAUCAAGGAAUUUCUGAAGAUAUUGCACAAACUGUAGCUGUUGAUGGUACAGGUAGAAACAUUUAUGACAAAAUAGAUCAAGAUACAGAUGAAGGUAUAGCUAAAGAUACUGCUGCCAAUAAAGAUCAGGGUAUUGAUGCUGAAAAUAAAGUCACUUUAGACAAAGUAAAUAAACGCAUUGACAAAGAAGAACAUGAAAUAGCUGAUGGUAUACCUGGAGAUGUUGCUGUAAAUAAAGAUCCAGAUUUAGAUGAUCAAGAUGGUGUUGAAAAAGAAAUUACUGACAAUAUAGAUAAAACCAUUGAUAAUUGCAUAGCUGGUGAUAUUUCUAAAAUGGAAGUAAAAGGCAGGGACAAUGGUAUAGCAAAAGAUGUCCCUAACAAUAUCGAAAAAUCUGAAGUAAAAUACAUUCCUCAACAAGAUCAAUCCAAGAAUCAUUCAGAUACUGAAAUUUCAAACACCUCAACCCUACAACAAGAUGGUAGCCAACAUGACUGUUCAGGUGAAGACACAACCACUGCUAAGACAUUUCAGGAAGUUAUGAAUUUACAAGAUCAAACAAUAUCAUCCAGCUCAGAUUCAAUAGGCUAUUCUAAACAUCAACAGACUUUAAUCAAUCCAUCAGAUGAACUGUGGCAGAUUGAGGGGGCAAAAAACGAUGAAUAUUUUGAAGAUGACAGUCAAGUUUCUUCUAAGAAUGAUGACAAAGAUAGCGAUACUGAGAACACAGGAAUAAAGCAACUGAAAACCGAGUCACAUGAAGAUAGAGCAGAACAAGCAAGUUCGGCAGCUUCUUCUUCAUCAGGACAGGUAAAGAGGAAUAAGAAUCGAAGAAAACGAGAAAAAAGAAAACAACACAGAUAGAUAAGAAUCAAGGAAAACAUGAAAAAAGUGAAUAUCACAAUGGAUAAGAACCAAAGAAACUGAGAAAAAAGAGAAUAACACAACAGAUAAGAAUUGAAGAAAAUGAGAAGAAAAAAGAAUGAAUAACAUCUCAUAUAGAAAUGAGUCAAAGAAAAUGAGAAAAA